CCGAAGUAACUCUACUUCCGGCUUUGUUGCCAGAGUAACAUAAGAGAUGCUAGACCUGUGGAAUCUCGCUACUAGUAAACAGAAGAGAAUGGCGAGUGUCGAUCAGUUUUCGUUCUUAUUCCAAGGGAUUCAUAGAAAUUUAAGGGCGUAUGAAGAUAUAUUAGCCGUUAUUGGACUACUAUAUGUGGGCAAAACUGCUUUUGCAUUGACAUGGAAUUUCUUGCAAGGAUUUCGAACUCAUGUGCUGGCUCGCUUCAGGCGUUUGGACUUGAAAAAGUACGGAAGUUGGGCAGUUGUGACUGGUGGAACAGAUGGAAUUGGAAAAGCUUAUGCUCGAGAACUUGCAAGUCGAGGUUUGAAUAUCAUUAUAAUUAGUAGAAACAAAGAUAAAUUAGAACAUACAGCUCGAGAAAUAGAAAAGGACUUCAAAGUUCAAACUUUCACCAUUCAAGCUGAUUUUUCUGUGGGGAAGGAGAUCUACAGUAAUAUUCAAAAGCAAUUGGAAGAUAAAGAGAUUGGCAUAUUGAUUAAUAAUGUUGGUGUCAUGUAUGAUUAUCCUGAAGUUUUUGCAAAUGUUCCUGAAAAAAAACUCUGGGAGUUGAUAAAUAUCAACAUUGCAUCAGUAACAAUGAUGACUUACAUUAUCAUUCCACAAAUGGUUCAAAGGAAGAAAGGCAUAAUAGUUAAUAUGUCAUCGAUCUCCUCUUUCUAUCCUCUGCCUUUGUUAGCUGUGUAUUCUGCAUCUAAGGUAUUUGUAGAUUGGUUUUCAAGAGCCUUAAAUUAUGAAUAUAAAGAUCAAGGCAUAAUAGUACAGAGCUUGAUUCCAUCCUACAUAUCUACCAGUCUGGUGAAAUUCAGUAGCUUCUUACAGCGUCCAAGUUUUGUUGUUCCUGAUCCUAAGCGUUUUGUGAAUAGUGCCAUACAGACCAUUGGUAUUUCUAACCGCACCACUGGCUUUUGGUCUCAUGGAUUGCAGUAUUGUACAUAUGAAUGGACCCCGGUUUGGCUAUGGUAUCCUAUAUCUUGGUACAUGCAUAAAUCGAUUGAUAAUCAUGAGCGUUAUGAGAAGAAGGAAUAGAUGCCCAUCCAUUGUUUUCAUAUUCUUGGUUUAAAGUUUUACUGUCAUAUUCCACCAGUAUCUUUUUUUUUUUUACAUUAAUUUUUCCUGUGAUAGUAGUUUUUGUUGCUGAAGUUUACUUAAUUUUUCCAUUUUUUAUUUUGGCUGUAGUUGUAUUUUUUUAAUGUAUGGUUUGUGGUGCAAUAAAUCAUUUUAUAUUUAUUUUUGAAA